AUGCCCUCGCGUGUUUACAGCACCGACGAAUGGAUCGCCAUCGAAGAGCUACUUCGCAUGGCCUCGAACGCACAAACGCCACGCACCGAUAGCGCAGAAGUUCAGCGUUGGAAAGGAUUGUUCGAGUACAGCCACUUUGAAGCCAUCUACCUCCUCCAGGAGUUCCUCAAUGACGUUAACCGAUACCGUAUGGCAGACUCCGAGUAUGAGCUCAUGGCUGCCGUUCUCGCCGCGAACGGCCACUCUCGCCUUUCCUGGGAGCAUCUCAAUAGUCUCAAGCACAUGCUGGACACGCAAACUAGGCCGACAACAGAUCGAUGGGGAAAUUCUUGGACGUUGCUUAGGUUGGGUGGCUUUUUGACCUUUGUUGAGAGAGUUAUGGAGAUUGCGAAACUGAAAGUGAAGCCAAUAUGUGAGCAGAUGGUUGGGGGAAAUGGGGAGGCUAUUAUGGUGGCUUGGGUGGAUAACUAUUCCAUGGGGAAGAUUCAUGAGUGGGUUGACCAAAGAAUGGUGCCGGUUCGGGAUGCUGCUUCGCGUUUGAAGAAAGCUAAACAGGCUGCGGAGGAUUCUAAUAAUGGGGUUGGAACAUCGGUAGACAAACCCACCGCACUGAAGUGA